CACACAGAGCGGUGUGGCCGGAGUGGUGUGUGUUUCCUGACUUAUUGUGAAGUGGGCCAUUCAGACUGAGGGGCCAAAUGGGGCAGGAAGUGUGAGACUGCCCCCCCAUCUACCCCUCAACAUUCCCCUCUUUACUUCAGCAUGAGGAACAUUUCUUGCCUUCUCCUGCCACAUCCUGUUAACAACUCCAGCUUCUUUAGCCUUAUAGCUCUGGCCUGAGCUUUUCAAAAUUGUAUUAUACCCCGUUAUACCACAACGGGGACCUGGAGCUGUGUGUGUGUGUGUGUGAGAGAGAGAGAGAGAGAGAGAGAGAGAGAGAGAGAGAGAGAGAGAGAGAGAGAGAGAGAGAUGGACCCUUACUGGAUUAAAUGGAGUUUUUCAAAGUCGGAGAAAGGUUGGAAACGUGUGGAUCAUUAACGGGUUAACGAUAUGGAGACCUCGUCGCCACGGUGCCGCCGCCGUUACCAAGACGGUUCCCUGACUCGACGACGGCACCGCAGUUAUGGGGUGGAGGCAAAGGAGGCAUGUGAUUGGCUGAGAGCAGCAGGGUUCCCGCAGUAUGUGCAGCUCUAUGAAGCCUCUCUCUUCCCCAUCGAUAUCUCCUCGGUCAGGAGGGAUCAUGAGUUUUUGGAUCAUGACUCGGUGCGAGCGUUAUGCAGGAGAUUGAUGACUUUGAACAAAUGCGCCGCUAUGAGUCUGGAAGUUCACUUCCGCUGCAAACAGAGCGAGGACUCGGAGGAGGAUGAUGCGUGUGCCCUGAGCUCCCAUUGGGCGUUUCAGCGUGACAGUAAAACCUGGUCCCGCCUCCAGUCCCGCCACGACGGCGUCACGACCCUGAGACCAUCAGCAAGCAGUGACAGCGUCCUGAGCGAUGUGACCUCGUUGACCUCUGACCUCAGCCUCAGCAGCCUGAGCCUGGACGUUGCCCGGGAAACCACCUCUCCAGAGGUCACGAGCUACGGCGAGGCCACAGAAUGCGACGGCGACGACUCCUCCUCUCCGCCUCGUUCUGUGCGAGAAAAAGUGAAGCGUUCUUCCAGGCUCUUUCUGCGCAGGAUGGAGUCUCUACGGCGACAGAAAGAUGCGGUUGCUAGGGGCGUGUCCACGGAAACGCAUCCCCAUGUUGCAGAGUUCCGUCCAGAGCUUAGCUUGCCGAAAACAACCGCGAAAGGAAUCGGUGCCGCAGUGGAUGUGGGAUGGAAGUCGCGUACGAGGCGGCGUAGCGGUGUCGACCAAUCAGCCGCUGACGUCAAGACUCAGAGGGCGUGUCUUUAUCUGGAAGACUACCAGUUAGCAUGGGAGAGGUCCAAACUGACGCAUCAGAGGAGUCACCCAAUAAUAGAAGGGCGGCUCGUUCAUCUUCCGUCAGAUCACAAACCUGGAACGUUCCCCAAAUCGCUCUCCAUAGAGAGCCUUUGUCCGACUUCCUUCUCUCAGCGCAGCGACCAGAUUGGCUGGCUGGGAGAGGACGGAGAAUUCUCAUUGGACGGCACCAGCAGUUGCCUCAGCGAAUCACAGGACUUCGUCUCACCCGCGCUCGGGAAGCGUCAGAACUCGGUGGAGUCAGUAAGCUCGGUUUACGAUAACGUCCCGGACGCGUUCCCGGAUUCUCCGGACGUCCCGGAAGUUUGUGUUCAGAGCCCAGGGGACGCGUUCGAGCACCUGGACGCCAUUUUGCAGCACAUCCACGGACUGCAGGACAACAUCGACGAGUGGUCUAACUCACUGGGACGACGGCUGGAGAGCGAAUCCAUGACGGAAAGUACGUUACCCAGCAUGCUUCAGGACGAGGAGCGCUCGGAUUACGAAAGUGCGGGAAAUUCACUGAACGACGGAGACGGAGACGGAGAAAUGAGGGAAAGGAGGGAUUCGGGAGUCGGGUCGUCUCUCACUCGGCCCAGCAGGAAGCUGCGAUGGCACAGUUUCCAGAAUUCUCAUCGCCCGAGCGUGACAUCGGCGUCACAGGAGAUUAACCGCCAGUCAGCGGCGCAGCUGAACCUGCUGCAGAAAUACAGCCUGCUGAGACUCACGGCCAUCCUGGAGAAACACUGUGACACGAGCAAGCACGGCCGGAGCUGGAAGGUGCCAAAGUUCAUGAAACGUUCUAAAGUUCCUGACUACAAAGACAAGCGAGUGUUUGGGGUUCCACCGAUCGUGAACGUCCAGCGCACCGGUCAGCCCCUGCCGCAGAGCAUACAGCAGGCCAUGAGGUACCUGCGGAGCCAGUGUCUCGAGAAGGUGGGAAUAUUCCGGAAGUCCGGAGUGAAAACCCGUAUUCAUGCCCUCAGGCAGCUGAACGAUAAUUCCCCAGAUCAUGUGACCUAUCAGGGCCAAUCAGCUUACGAUGUUGCUGACCUGUUAAAGCAGUACUUCAGAGAUCUGCCAGAACCCAUCCUUACCUCCAAACUCACACACACCUUCCUGCACAUUUACCAGUUCGUGCCUCAGCAGCAGAGGCUCCAGGCGGUGCAGUGUGCCGUGUUCCUCCUGCCCGAUGAGAACCGGGAGGUUCUGCAGACGCUGCUCUACUUCCUCAGUGACAUCAGCACGGCAGAGGAGAACCAGAUGACGGCACACACACUGGCUGUGUGUCUGGCUCCCUCCAUCCUGCACCUCAACACCUCCAAACGAGACGCAGCCUCUCACAGGCUGAUUAGCAAAAGGGGCAAAGCCAAACCAGACCACAAGGACCUGAGUGAGAACAUGGCGGCCACUGAGUGCCUGAGUCACAUGAUCACGGAGUGUAAAAAGCUCUUUCAGAUUCCUCAGGAGAUGAUGCUGCAGGCGUGUAGCUCAUACGUGUUAGCGGACGCUCAGCCGCUGCCUCUGCACGCUCUUGGAGUGAACAGACGAGGAGAGCGAGUGGACUAUUGCGUCUACCUGGAGGACAACGUGCAGUGUUUACUGAGAGAUACAGCCGAGAAGGGCAAGGGCUGGCACAGUGCAGCAGGACCUCCACACACUGAGCUUGCCUACAAGAAGGUUGGAGAUGGGCACCCGAUUCGCCUGUGGCGUGUUUCCGUGGAGAUUGAGGCUCCACCCACUGUGGUUUUGCACCGUGUGAUGAGAGAGCGCCACCUGUGGGACGAGGACCUGCUGCACAGCCGCGUGAUAGAGAGUCUGGAGAAUAACACGGAGGUGUUUCAUUACAUCACGGACAGCAUGGCACCUCACCCACGCCGAGACUUCGUAGUUCUCCGGCGUUGGUGCACAGAUCUCCCUCGGGGUGUGUGUGUUCUCAUCUCCUCUUCAGUCGAUCACGGCAACGUGCAGCUGGAGGCGGGGCUUAGAGCAGUGCUUCUGACAUCACGUAUUAUGAUUGAGCCAUGUGGAAAGGGGCGGAGCAGACUAACACACUACUGCAGAGCAGAUCUACGGGGGCGCUCUCCUGACUGGUAUAAUAAAGUGUUUGGACACCUGUGUGCCGCGGAGGUUGCUAGGAUACGUGGCUCGUUCCCGGUUCUGACAGCAAGAGGACCGGAGACCAAACUCUGAGACUAAGAGAACGUAAACAGGACAAGAUUUACAGGGGAACGACUUCAUCUGAUCUGUUACCAGAUCAGACCAAAACUGAUCACCAAAGCUCGUACCAAACCGAUAUACUCCGAUUUAGACACGUUCCACUGGAUCAGAAAAGUUAUCAUGAUAUCUGAAACUGACUAGAACAGACCAGACCAGCCUUAGAUUAGUCCUAAUCCAAUUAGAUCCAAUAAUAAAACAUCAGAUCAAAACAGAUCAGAGGAGGGUUGACUAGAUCAGACCAGAGAUUAGAUUAGAUCAUACCAAACUGCAAAUGCAUUAUGUUAGAAAAAGUUAGAAAAUAACAGUUCAGAUCAACAUGCUUUGCUAGAGCAAAACAUAUUUUUUAAAAAUCAGACCAGAUCAGAUUUGAUCAGACAUAAACUAGUCAGAGAUUAGACUAAACCAAAUCAAACGACCUUAGACCGGAUAAGAAAAAAAAACAAGAUAAUGCCAAACCAGACACAUUUCAGUAGGUCAGUUGUGAUCCAAUCAAAGUGGAUUAGAAAUGUUUGGACAGAUCAGACUGAACCAAAUUAGACAAGGUCAUAUCAAUCCAGAUUAGACCUGAUCAGACCAGAUUAGAUCAGAGGUUGAAACUUAUUAAACCAAAGAAUAGACCACAUCUGGACACAUCAAAUCAUCAGAUCAGACUGGACUACAUUACGCUAGAUCAGAUCAGGGAAGAGCAAACGCAUGCUCCGAGGAUGAAUCUUCAGUCAGCUGGAAGGCCAACACUCGCGCAGCCAAUCAGACGUCAGAGAUGUAAAUAUGUAAAUGAGCAGAUGAUUUGAAUAUGAAAGCUAUCAGGAAUCGCACCGGGGGCAGAAGCUGUCCCGGAUUUAUCUCUGCAUUAUGCACUGUGUGUGUGUGUGUGUGUGUGUGUGUGUGUGUGUGUGUGUGUGUGUGUAUAUGUGUAUGUGUGUGUGUGUGUUCUCCUGGAAAUAAAUAUCGUUCUGAAAAGAAAGCAGUAUUUUUAUCACACACAAAUCUGAAAAUCUGUUAGUCACACACACACACACACACUUUCAACACUGUGAAUGCGGCAAAUUGUGUGUGUGUGUGUGUGUGUGUGUGUGUGUGUGUGUGUGUGUCUGAGAAAGAGAGACAGUAAAAAUAAAGAUCUAAAGCCAUAUUCUGACCUUUAAUCCAAACUCGGGUGAAAUCUUUUCACACAGACGGCUCAGUUCUGGAUUUUUAAGUAUUAUAUUCAGUAAUUCUUUAAUCUGCAGAUGAUAUCAGAUCAGGAAACAUUAGACUGGAGAUUAGAUUAGAUCAUACCAAAUUAUAAAUGCAUUAAAAGUUACCAGACCACCGUUAGACUAGAGCGGACAGUAUCAAUGAUUAGACCAGAUCAGACUCAACUAGAUUAUUCUAAACCUGAUUAGACCAGAUCAGAUCAAACCAGAUUAGACCACAUCAAACAAAAACAACUUUAGACCAGAUUAUACCAAACCUGAUUAGACCAAAUCAUAAUAGACCAGAUCAGACAAAACCAGUUUAGACCACCUCAGGCCAAACUAGAUGAAACAGAACCAGAUUAGACCAAACUAUAUCUGAUCAAAAAUGCACUGGAUUAGACACUAUACAAACCCAAACUACUAACUACGCUUUAAAUGUUCGGACAAUCCAGAUCAGACCAAAUACCUGAUCAAAAAUAUACUAUAAUAGACCAAAUCAGACCAACCCAGAUUAGACCUGUGUGUGUGUGUGUGUGUGUGUGUGUGUGUGUGUGUCUUUUGCUCUGAUUUAUCGGCAGUAUUUCAGGUGUUAAGUAACGAGACGGUUUGUAUUUAUGGCUGUAACAUAAUGCUUUAAUUAAUUCAUUCACUGUGUGUGUGUGUGUGUGUGUGUGUGUGUGUGUGUUAGCCUUUAUAUGCCACACGUGCCUUGAAUUGAGCUGAGAUCUCAGUAUAAUUUAUUUCUGUUAUUUGCAUGUUUUCAAUUUCUUUCUUUGUUUUUUCUUGAAAGAAAAUUAACAAAUUGAGAGGAUUAAAAAUGUGUGUGAAUUUCUUGCUUACACCAUUGACUGUUUUUUACGACGUGUGUGCUGGAAAAAUUCAUAAUAAAAAAUUCCGAGAAAUUCA